GGAAAAACACGACUGCUCUCGCCAGAAGCAGGAAGAGAUAUGGUUUCACAAUAACGGAAAGCACAUUUUAUUCCACCUAUAGUUGAUUGAAAAAAUCCUAACAUCAAAACCUGGUGGUGAGCGCAUUAUGCAAGAGUAUGGAAAAACCAAAUCUCUGACAGAUGCCACCAGAAGACAGAUGAUUAACAUACUUGCUGCUGAGAUGACAGAAACACAUGGGACAUCCCCCCCCAAAAGUGUUAGAGUGAUGUAUGCACAGGGGAUAGUAACCUUGUUUCCCUAUCUAGAAGACCCAUACUCACAACAUGGAUAUGAACAUUACUACGAUCCGGAGAGUGGUUCGGGAUACCUUGCAUGGCGAUUGAAGACCAUACAGAGAAAAUCAGCAGAGGAAAGAGGUGCCUCAGUCAGUAAAUCUCCUAAAGUUGGUGGGCCAGGCCGUGGUCGUCAGCCCUUCGCCAAUGACAGAGAGCUGUCUGAUGAGGAUGUGGAAGCAGCUAUUGCUGUUUUAAAACACUCUUCUGAUGAAAAGACUGUCCGUGAGAAGAUGAAAAUGACCUUCAUAUAUCGGCAAGCAAUGGUCAACGAUGAAGCCAAAUCAUCAGAUGUCUUCUUGGUCUUCCCACGAUUUCUGGACACACCAGGACUGAUAGAACAAGAUUUCAGACUUCUGUUUGGUGAGGCCACGGCCAACAAAUUUUUGGAGAAGUGGCCAACCACUUUCAAAGCAAAAGUAAUAAAGGAAAGCCAUGGACUUGUACCCACCACAGAACUCUUGGAUUUGAUGCGCAAUGCUGAGUCAGCUGCUGAAGUUGAGAAUGGUUGGAACCAGUGUGCAGCAGCAUCACCCAAAGCAGUCAGCCCUACCUUCUCGCCCAGGGAUCCACACAAAGCACCAUUCACUCCUUCUUCAUUGUGGUUGACAAGAAUGCACUUCCAUGCAAGGCAAAAGGUUCAGUUGGCGCUUUUGACGAACUCUUCAAAGCCCAUUACGUCUUUG